GUGAGAAGCAAAUAACAUAACCGGUCCCUUUUUGGCCAUCAGUACUAGUACCAACAUUUGUGAAUACACAAACUUUAUUAUACUUGAGAUCUGUUUGCAGCUAUUUUCUUACCCGUCAUUUUUUUAAGAACAUGUCGUAUUUGUUGAAAAAAGCACAGAAAAACAUUUUGGACGUAACAGAGAAUUCAGAAGAUGCCUCUACGAAGAAAGGCUAUGAACUUGCUGUUGAUGAGAAGCUUGAGAACUGGUCGCUUUAUUUUGAGGAAGAAGUUAAUAUCUCUACGGAUGCCGGUACGAUUCAUGGAUUUUAUACCGCACCAAAAAAAGAUGGCUGCCUGUUCGUUUUACAACAUGGGGCGGGUUCUAGUGCAAUGUCUUUUGCUCCUGUUGCCCGCGAAUUAGCCAAAAUGAGCGACAAUCAAGUGGGAGUUUUGUCCGUGGAUUUACGAGGCCAUGGCGAAACGGCUUUAACUCCUAAUACAGAUUACUCAUUGAGUACAUUAACGAACGAUCUUGUCCAUGCACUGCAAUUUAUUAAGGAACGUCUUAUGCCGGGAACUCAGAUGUUUCUUGUCGGUCAUAGCCUAGGUGGUGCCGUCUGUGCAACAUUGACAUACGAACGGCUUGUUCCCGGUAUUAACGGCCUUGCUGUUCUUGAUGUUGUCGAAGGGUCAGCUAUCGAAGCUCUUGCACAUAUGCAGCAAUACUUGAGUACACGUCCCAAGAAGUUCAGAUCGAUCAAGGAUGCCAUUACCUGGCACCUGAAAACUCUGACCAUUCGCAACAGCAAUUCGGCCAAUGCAACUGUUCCAUCGUUGUUACAAAAGAACAGCGAUAACAUGUAUGUUUGGCGUACGGAUUUGCUUGCUACAUACCCGUAUUGGUCAGAAUGGUUCACCGGAUUAAGUGACAAAUUCUUGGGUACUCGAGGCGGCAGAUUGCUUGUUCUAGCUGGAACAGAUCGUCUUGACAAGAAGCUAACAAUUGGACAAAUGCAAGGAAAGUACCAGCUGGAAGUUUUGCCUGAGACCGGUCACUUUUUACAUGAAGAUGCACCUGGAAUGAUCUCUGAUUUACUCAUUCACUUUUGGCAUCGUAACCAGCCAUUGAAGCUUCCUCCUAAAGUUGGUCAAUCUCGUUUAACAGCAUAAUGUUGUUUUUAGCGAAUUAUCCUUUGGACAUACCCUAGGUUUUACCACUCCCCUAUACCAAGGAAUCCAUCACUCAACUGCCAACAAGCACCAUUGUCAGAAGAAACGCCCUUUUUAUGAUUUAAAACAUUAUUUGACGUUGGAAUAGUCCUCAUAAGUACAGUUUUCUUC